GCCCGUUUCAAGUUUGGCCUUGGCGCCAUUUAGCCUAUUGUCUCCAAAUCACUCGUCAUAUGAAAUGAGAUAGAAUGAGUCAGAAAGACGCGAACAAAGUGGUGACGGUUGUUGCCUACUUGUGUCAAGGUGACAAGUCAAAGGAAAUAUCGUACACGGAUGCCAAAGUCAUAGGGAACGGGUCAUUUGGCGUUGUGUAUCAAGCCAGACUCCUGGAAACUGAUGAAAUAGUCGCUGUAAAAAAAGUUCUUCAGGACAGGAGGUUCAAGAAUCGAGAAUUGCAAAUUAUGCGUCAGCUGGACCAUCCAAAUAUUGUGCAGUUAAAGUACUUCUUUCACUCUGUGGGUGACAGAAAAGAUGAUGUCUAUUUAAAUUUGGUCCUUGAAUUUAUUCCGGAAACCGUAUAUCGUGUUGCCCGAAGAUAUGCCCGUCAAAAGGAAACAAUUCCUCUUUUAUUUGUAAAGCUAUAUAUGUACCAACUUUUCCGAAGUUUGGCUUACAUACAUCAUAAAGGCAUUUGUCAUCGGGAUAUAAAACCCCAAAAUUUACUUUUAAAUCCAGCAACAGCUGUUUUGAAAUUAUGUGAUUUCGGAAGUGCGAAGGUUUUAGUUCGCGGUGAACCUAACGUUUCUUACAUAUGUUCCCGUUAUUACCGGGCUCCUGAAUUGAUAUUUGGUGCUGUGGAUUACACAUGUCAGAUUGAUGUUUGGUCAGCUGGUUGUGUACUUGCUGAACUUUUGUUAGGUCAGCCAAUUUUUCCUGGCGAAAGCGGUGUAGACCAGCUUGUUGAAAUUAUAAAAAUCUUAGGUACUCCUUCCCGCGAACAAAUUCACGAAAUGAAUCCUGACUAUCGAGAAUUUAAAUUUCCACAGAUUAAACCUCAUCUCUGGUCAAAAGUUUUUCGUCCUCGCGUUCCAUCGGAAGCAAUUCAGUUGGUGUCACAGUUACUUGACUACACACCCUCAAAACGUUUAGAACCGUUAGAUGCUUGUUUACAUUGCUUUUUCGAUGAGUUAAGACAAGAAGGAACUAGACUUCCCAAUGACAGACCUCUACCUCCAUUAUUUAAUUUGACACCCUACGAAAUGACUAUGCGAGAUGAUAUGUACAAAUUUCUCCCACCUCGAACAUCCGGAGGAGCUGGGGGAUCAGAGUCAAGUUUACCACCUACUUCGGAUCUUUCAAUGGUAGAACAACCACAACCGCAUCAUAUAACAGAUGCUGUUGAUCGCACGGGACAAAAUCACAAUCCCUCUACAUCAGAAGGUAGUAAAUUAUCGGAUUCAGAAAUUCGAUUAGCAGUUGUAGCUCCAUCUCGCAGUUCGGAUAACAUACAACUCAUAUCAAAUAACAGUAACAACAAUGAUAAUAACAACAAUAUUGAUAUACCUCAUCAAUUGAAAGAUUCCUGCCAUGAAGAGUUAGAAUCCAGGAAUAUUCAAGGUGUCAAUAGUUAAAGAUAAUGAUCACAUUGUGUCUAUCUAUAAAAUUUAUUCACUAUAUUUGUCCUCAUGUGACAUUUGUUAAAUUCCGAAAUUCAAUAUCACGAAACAAGGAUGAAAAACCAUUCAACUCAGGUUUCUCGUCCAGUUUAUUCCUCCUGAGACAAGUACUAAUUAUAUACAUGUACAAAUAUUUACCAAUAUAAUCAGUAAUAUUUCUUAAGAUUAAUGAAGCUCCUUCCUGUAGAUGACAAUCAAAAUGACACAGAAUUAUAGUGACAAAGUAAUUUGUUUUAUUCCUAUUUUAGGAUUUCACUUAUUUUCCAUUUCUGUACAAACAUACUCUCACAUUCACUAUUUAAUGAUCAUUUCUCAUGUAAUUUCAAUCAUAUCCACUCUCUUUCAAUCACUUUAAUUAAUAACAUCUACAUAUUUUGUGUGUGUGUUUUUUUGUUCAUUCAUGUAUGCUACAUUUAAUGUUGUAGUUUGUUUAUUUUCAACAUUGGCACUUGGUUUUUUUUAUCAUUUUUUUCUGAUUACCUUACUUUGUUUGUUUUUUCUGCCUAAAUGUGACAAUGCUAUUUGAAAAGUAAAUGAGUAGUCGUUUACACGAAAUAUCCUUUGGUUACAACUCUUUAUAUUGUCUUCUAACUAUUUCUGUUUUUUAAGUGAUAAUCAAUGAAAGUAUUUGUUUAUUAAGUGGUACAGUGCAACAUUUAAAAAUUUGUUUUCUAAAUGUAUGUCAACUGUAAUGUUUCUUUAUUUUUUUUCGUAGUGUUUUCUUAACAUUCUCUUAAAUUACAAUGAUCUUCAUUGUGAC